AUGCUUCAUCGCGGUCAAGAAAAUUUCUUUGCCCCCCCCGAGUUUGACUUUGCGGUGUCCCCUGAAGAGGACCAAUUACGGCGUGAAGUCAAAAUCCUUUCCAGUUCUUCUCACAAAAACAUUGUCGAAUACCUAGGUUCGUCAGGUUGGGAUACCGGAGCCGUGAACGUCUAUAUGAGCCUCAAGACUGGAAACUUAUGCCAUUUACUCGAUAAAUUUCCGGCUGUACGUUCUAAUUGCAAGGUCCUCACGCAAUUAUUGCAUGAAAUGCUCGAGACGCUGGAUUACCUGACUUUUCGAGGCUGGAUCCACCGGGACGUCAAGCUCGAGAAUAUUCUCUACACGCCGUCGGGCGAUGAGGAAUACCUGUUCCAGCUAGCCGAUUUCGGCUUUGCCAAUCAACAUCGACUUGCAAAUACCUUCUGUGGCACUCCCUUUUACAUGGCCCCCGAAAUAGUGUACGGCACGCAUUCCCAAUCCCCCCAAAUGGAUGUCUGGUCUCUCUUCAUUGUACUCGCUAUCGUGACGCAGGCAGGGGGGUUCCAUGACCCGAAUCUGUCCUGCUAUGGAGAAGUUCUGCGCUGUGCUAGAGCUGCAGCGGCUCAACACAUACAUCUCAGCCCGGUGGCGCAGGAAAGUCCAGAAUUACGGGCAUCAGCGGCGCAAAUGCUCGUUAAGUGCUUUGAUGGCCAGGGACUGAGCACACCACGGCAUCUAGUUGGACCAAUACCAGACCCCGGAAGCGCUCCAGAGCAUGCAAAAUAA